AUGCUGGCUGAGACAGGAAUUCAUUUUUGGGACACAGAAACCGGCAGAAAAGGAGACAUACUUAAAAAGAAUGAUCAGCGAACAUUUGGGUAUGGACAUUUUCAAAUAUCUCCCAACGGCAAAAAGGUCAUUUAUGUCGCGCAUGAUACAUCCGCUCAAUCUCAACCUUUCUGCAAAUGUCAUAUUUGGGAAAUCGAUAAUCUACGCAGAGUUUCCAGCUCUGAAAUACGUUUCACUUUCUGUGAAAGGCCUCAGAUUGCGCUGUCACCAAAUGAGGAGUCCUACGGUAUAUGGUCUGAAGCGUCAACUGUCAUCGAAAUCAGAUCUUUUACAAACAGUCAACUCCAACGAAGGACCUUAACAAGGGGUGUCAAAUUGGUGAAGUUUACCCCAGACAACAAGCAGGUCUAUAUUCUCACAGCAGUCUCUGAAUCUCAGAGCACUAAAAGCAACAAUUACAUUUGGGAUAUUCAACAGGACGACCUCAAGGAAUUUGGCCCUGAACGCGACGUGAUGGCGGCAGACACAUCUCAGGAUGGAAGACUUUUGGCACUUUCGUUUGGCUCUGACAGCAGUACCAUUGAGGUAUACAGUGUGUACAGUACCGCGCUUUUGCAUAGUAUUAAGCUUGACUUCUGGAAUUUCAGUCUUCAAUUUUCUCCAUCUGGCACGCACUUUACCACAGACCGAGGUACUGUCAUGAUGCCUGGUGAAUCACCUCCACCAUCCCCGCAGCUAUUUGCUUCCGAAUCGUGGAUCCAAGAGAAUGGUCAAGACAUUUUGGCAAUGCCAUCCCCAUACAGAGGGGCUUUGAUAGACAUAAAAGGUCACACCAUUCUAUUCAGGGACUUUCCGAAUGAGCCAGUGAUUGUGAGACUUGAUCAAGGGUGUAAAUCUAUGACGUCGUGA